AUGCCUCCCAAGAAAGUCACCCCCUCACCCGCCGCCGCCCCCCCAAACGCAGUAAAAUCCUCCAUCCACUCCUCCGCCAGCAGCGCACCCACCAAACCCUCCUCCGCGAACCUCCAACAACGCCAAUCCCAAAACCAGCAACAAUCCUCCUUCCCCACCGCCGACUCCAAGAGCACAUCCUCGAGAUCCAACACAUCAUCUUCCGCGGCACUUCGCACCCCGCAAGAUGCCCAACAGAUCCUCCUCGGGAUCUGGAACUCCUACGUCGAUAAGACGCCCCAGCGCACGAAGCUCCUGGAUACCUUCAUGGCGUUCUUGAUGCUGGUCGGGGUAUUGCAGUUUGUGUAUUGUGUUAUCGCCGGGAAUUAUCCCUUCAACGCCUUCCUCUCCGGCUUCUCAGCAACAGUCGGCCAAUUCGUGCUCACCGCCAGCCUGCGCAUCCAAACGAACCCUGAGAACAAGAGUGAUUUCAAGACGAUAUCGGAUGAGAGAGCAUUCGCCGACUUCGUCUUCGGUAGCAUGAUAUUGCACUUCUUCUGCGUCAACUUCAUAAACUAG